AAUGAAAAAAAAAAAAAAAAAAAAAAAAGACUUAGAAGGAGGACUGUGCUUGUAUCAAUAACACAACUAAUACAUUCUGUAUUAAAUUAGUUUUUCAUAUGACAUAUGUUUACUUCGAUGAGAAGACAGGGGUUUUAGCCACUGAACAGCAAAACAUAAGCAAGGUGUCCAGCUGUCUCACCAUUCUCUGAACACGCGGUACUUUUUACUAGAAUGUACCUACAGCAAUAAUCAGGGAAAACUCAUCUUUCUGAAAAAUCUUCCCUGGAAAGAGAUCUUUCUGUUAGACCUAAAGACAGCAACUGAGACUGUUCACAUUCACAACAGGAUGGAAACUAAUGCUGUCACUCUUUUGCCAUCACAACUGCUGUUUUUUCAGUGUUUGCUGAACAAAGUUUGUAACAUAAAGUGCAAUGCCUAUUCUAAAAUAUAGACUUUUUUUAGCUUCGUAUGAAAGAAGGUUAUCAAAUGUACACUUCUUUGCCCUCCUGGUUACUGCUAGGAAAUACCAAUACUUUCAACAGGAUUCCCAAAGGCCCUUGAAUAGUUUCCUAAGAGGAAGGACCUGGUUAAUCAGCCCUGGUGGAAGAGGAGCCCUGGCAUCCAAGUGUCACAACCAAGGAACUACUCAUGCUGCAGUUUGUACAGAGAUUGCUAUACUGCUAGAGAUGUCUGAGCCAAAUGGAAACAGGAUGGUGUUAGCACUGGUAGAGAUGUAGUUAUCAACAAAGAGCUCACAAAGUUAGGGCUAUUUACCCUGAGUAAAUUGCUAUGCACGGUAGCUUGCAGCUACUUCACAUGUCAGUACAGUGUGCUGCAGACCCUGCACUAACCAACACCACCAGCAUACCCCAUUUUCAGUGCACACCACGGUUUAAGGAGAAAAUGUGAUAUAUGCACACUAAUAAUUGCUGUUGUUAUUUAGGGAAGUAAAGGUUUGCAUAGGCUCAAGGGAGAUAACAGGAGUGAGAGGGCAGAAGCAGACAGAAGCACAGAUGGGAAUGGACAGCGAGAAAUCUGCCUUUCAGCAUGGUGAAGAAGAAAGCCUUCAUCAAAAGAAGAAUGAUCUGACUGACAGCUCAGCUUCAGAAUAAAGCCAAGCCUGCAAAACAACAAUCCAUAAUCUUUCCACGACCUGAAGAAAUGAGCACUGAGAGACCUUCUUACGUAAUCAAACACCCAGGGCAGACAAGAAUUUCUUCCAUUGAAAAUAUAAGUGAUUUCUCCUUAAAUAUCACUGACUGCACUCAGGUUGUGGUGCCAGAGGAAGUUUUUUUCACUGUUGCUGCUGCUGGAAUACUGGAAAAUCUGCUUGUCCUCAUUGCUGUUGUAAGAAAUAAGAAUUUGCACUUGCCCAUGUACUGCUUCAUUUGCAGUUUAGCCAUUUCAGACAUGUUAGGUAGCUUGUACAAAACUCUGGAGAACAUCUUUAUCAUCUUGUGCAAAAUGGGGUACCUGACACGUCGUGGUGACUUUGAGAAAAAGUUAGAUGAUGCCAUGGAUUCCAUGUUCAUUCUGUCUUUACUGGGGUCAAUUUUCAGCUUGUUAGCUAUUGCAGCAGACAGGUACAUCACUAUCUUCUACGCUUUGCGGUACCAUAAUAUCAUGACACUAAGAAGGGCCUUGGUUAUCUUGGCAAUUAUUUGGACAUUCUGUGCUGGCAGUAGCAUUGCCAUUGCCCUCUUCUCCUAUGAAGCAGCUACAGUCAUUCCCUUCACCAUCCUGUUCCCUCUAAUGAUGUUUUUUAUACUGUGCCUCUAUGUCCAUAUGUUCCUCCUGGCUCGAUCUCAUGCUAAAAAGAUUGCCUCACUGCCAACCAGCACAGUCCAUCAGAGAACUAACAUGAAAGGAGCCAUUACACUGACUAUUUUCCUUGGAGUUUUCCUUUGCUGUUGGGCUCCCUUUGUUCUUCACAUCCUCUUAGCAAGGUUUUGCCCACAUAAUCCUUACUGUGCCUGCUACAUGUCCAUUUUCCAUGUGAAUGGAACUCUCAUCAUGUGCAAUGCAAUCAUUGACCCUAUGAUUUUUGCAUUCCGAAGCCCAGAAUUACAGAGUACAUUUAAGAAGAUGUUCUGCUGUUUCAGGUCAAACUGGAACUGGUAAACACUUCAUGAAAAAUGAAGGUUAUAGAAGCACACCUACGGGGUGCAAUGCAACAUCAGUUUGCAGAGUUUUUACCAACAAUUAUGCCCAAAGUAAUACUAUGUUUGUUGGACACUGCCAGUGAUUUUCAGAGGGCUACCAAAGAAUGCAUCAAAAUUAAGUAUGCACAUAAACCUCUGCCAACCAGUCCUCCAGAAAUAUUCCUGAUUAAGUUAAUUCUGCCAAUGAUUUUCAUGCAAGUAAAAAAAUAACUGUCUUAAUUAUGAUUUGUCAUAUCAGAAAAAUUAAAAUAUAAAUCUUCUGCAUCAAGUAUUGCAUUAUCCCAGCGAUGAGUUUAUGCUAACUAAUUUUGUAUCAGUAAUUUCAAUUUAAAUUUUAAAACUUUAAAAUUCUGUUUAAAUUGCAAUGAAAUGAACACUUGUUUCUAAACUGCAUAUUUAUGUAAAAGUCUAUGAUAAAGUAGAAAAUACCAACAUGUAAUUGGGUUUUUGCUGGAAAAGUGAAUUCAUGACUGUUCUUUAACAUCUGGUCUCCUUAAAAUCAUGCAAUUAGCAUUCUCUAAGUUUCAAAAAUAAUUUUUGGAGUGCGUCCAAAAGAAGAAAAUAUUUUGGUUUAAAAGCUAUCCUCUGGUGACUGAAGAGUUUUUUCCAACAUAAAACUGUGGCAACAAAGACAGGUUUUGAGUUUUAAAACCCCAAAGCCAGGUCUGGACAAACAAAGGGAAUUGCUGAGCUUGCCAGUUCCCCAUUGGAAGCCCCUGAGCCAGUUUUCUUUAAUAAAAUAAUAACCUUCACAGACAGUAAAAGAACUUUGAUUCAGCCAUGACUUCUAAAUAUGCCACAAAAAAAGAAUUCAAAAAACAAAAAAUACCAGAGACAAAAUUCAAACACUUUCAAGGAAGUCAACCACCUGGAUAAGGAAUCAGCUAGCCAGGCUGGAAGGAUGUUACAAAGCAGUUUGUAAUUUACGAAAUCCUAGUAAGUAAAUUUUGAAUUGUCCCUGCUAAAAUAAUAGAAAACUCACAAAACUUUAAGGAAGAAUAAUCUUCAACAGCAAAACAUCCUGAAGUAGUCCAAAGCAUAUGGUGAGGAAUUAACCUCACAAUAAUUCAGCAGAGUUAUUCAGCUGUGCCAGAAAGAGACAAUUUAGUAAGAGACAGCCAUGAAACUGAGAAAACCAAGUCACAGCUAGAACAAGGAUAGGAAAAUAUAGCAUCAAUUAGAAUUCAUAGAUAAAUAGAAAAAUUUACUCUGAUGGCACACUAAGAAAAACAACAAUAUCAAGAUACAUGGUAUGUGGACCAAACAAUACAUAUUGAAGUGGAUUUAGGCUUGCAGAUAAAGAUGAAAGCCUUUAUAUAACUAAGCAAAGAAAAUAUCUUAAAUGAGAAAAGAGAUACUAAAGUAGAAUUUUUCCAAACCUAUAUAUUGAUUACAAAGAAAGGUUUAUUUAUAAAAUGCAAGUUCAGAAGGGAGUUCAGAUAUAAUCACACAUUUUAUUUUAAUGAGAAUUUUUUCCUUUCCAUCAAAAGCAGAACAAAAGUAAAGCUACACAGCAAGAAAUUGUUGAUAGACCUGGGGAAAAAAAAAAAAUUAUACAGUAUUAAAGACAAAGCGGAACAAAAGACCAACAGUACUAUUAUACCUUGUGCACAUGGAUGAUGAGCUUCAGAAUGAUAAAAAAUACUGUGAUUUAAGCAGCCCUUAUGUUAACUCUGCAACACAUGAAAUAUCUACUAAAUGCACCUUCCCUAAAAACCCUUUUUUCCACCUUCUUCCCUAAAACAGACAUAGUUAAGGAAGUCCACUCUAACUCUACAGAAGCAAUAUCUCCAUGUUCAGACUAAGAUCUCCAGAUGUAAAUUUUAAUGAAAUAUGUACAAUAAAAACUUAUCACCAUAACUUCUAAA